GGUGAAAGAUCCCCCGCGCGAACGGCUCUCAGCUCAGCUAUGGAAGAUGUGUUGGGUGUGCUGAAGCAAUGCCAGGGUGCUCAUGAGGACCUCCUGAGCAAGGCCUUCCACGAGGAAGCCAUGCUCUUGAAGCUGAAAGCCGAGCUUCAGAGGCUCCAGGCCGUGCAGGUCGCCCAGGUGAACUCAAAGGCCACCUCCGACCCCGACUGCCUCGACGUGGAUGACAGCGUUAGUGGAGAUGCCUCGAAGCUGCCAACCUUCCUGCCACGCUUCGAUGGCAAAAAGAAGAAGGACAGCAAGGAUGGAUCCAAGAGCGAAGCGAAGAGCGAGGUCACUGAAGACAAGGGACAAGAGUCGCUGUCCUCCAAAGCAUGGAAGCAGGAGAAUGGUGACAUGCAUCACCACCACUACUCCAUCAACGGGAUUGACGGCAAGGAAAGACCGAUGCUGAGGAAUACCCUCGCGGCGCUGAUCCGGACCCACUUCACCUCUGGGCGGCACCGGUCCUGCUGCGCCGGGCACGUCUCCCGCUGCUUCGUCUGGCUCCUCAUGUCCUGGGAGAAGUGCCUGGCCUUGGAGGAGCCCCAACGCCACGGCCGGCUACAUCGCCUGGUGCAGAGCACAGGCUUCGGCAUGGUGUCCGGCGCCGUGAUCUUGCUGAACGCGCUCUUCAUCUUCUACACCACAGACCUGGAGAUGAAGAACAUCGACUCGCCCUUCAGCAUGGAGGCCAGUGUGAAGGUGGCCGAGGUGUUGUUGGCCUCCUUCUACGUGGUGGAGCUCUUCCUGAAGCUCUUAGUACAUCGUUUCUUCUUCUUUUGGAACGGCGAGAUGUGCUGGAAUUGGUUCGACUUCAUACUGGUGGUCUUUUCAAUCUUCGAGAACCUCUUGAACUUCCUCGUCUUCAACGAUGCUUCCACGGAGUCCGCCAGCAGCGGGGUGAACCUCGCCUUCCUGCGCCUGGUGCGCUUGUGCCGGAUCGUGAAGAUCCUCCGGGUCUUUCGCACGCUGAAGUUCUUCAGUGAGCUCCGCUUGAUGCUGGAUUGCGUGCUGGGCUCCCUGAUGAACGUCAUGUGGUGCGUCAUCAUGCUGGUCUUUGUGAUGUACGUCUUUGCGCUGCUUUUGCAGCAGGGCAUCGUGGCGCAUCUCACCGAAGUGCGUAACACGGACGCAGACGUCAGCCAGAUGAUGACCUACUUCGGCUCGGUGUUCACCACGAUGGUGACACUCUUCCAAGCCUCUACUUCCGGCGUGGACUGGAACGAGCCUUACCAAGCUCUCACCUACACCGGACUCGUGUUGCCCAGCGCCUUCUUGGCAUACGUGGCCUUCGUCUUCAUCUCCGUUUGGAACAUCGUCACCAGCAUCUUCGUGGAGAAGGCCCUGAAGUUGGCGCUGCCGGACGCCGACAUGGUGAUCGUGGAGCAUCAGCUGCAAGAUGCCCAGGAUUGGAAGAUGCUGACGAAGCUCUUCAAGAGCAAGACACGGGCCGAGGGCAUGGAGCGUUUGGGGCUGUCGGAGUUCCGAACCUUGGUGGAGACCUACGAGUUCAGGUCGUACCUCCAGAGCCGGGGCAUCGAUAUCAAGAACGCGGAGACCUUCUUCCGGAUGCUCGUGGAGCUCCAAGGGGAGACCACCAUCGAUGCAACCACCUUCGCCAACGCCUGCGUGCGGAUGAAGGGCGCAGCCACCAGCAUCGACCUCCAGACGGUGAUGUUCACCACCCACUUGAUGAACCGAGAGCAGCGCCAAUCCUUUGAGCUCUUGAGCCAUCGCCUGGCACGCAUCGAGACUUUUUUCAACCCGCAGAUGUCCACUUCGGCGAACAUCGAGCCCAUCAUCGACACACACAAUGUGCAGGUCGAGAUGACGGCUCCCAGGAUUUCAUCCAUCAUCGAGCCACCGAGUUUCCAGGUGGUCGAGACAGCUUUGCCCAUUGCGAAUGAAACCCGAGUGCGACUGUGAGUGCAGCUUGCCCAAUGGUCUCUCCCAAUUGAGCGCCCGAGAUUCGUCUGUUCAGCGAUACUCCCUGAUUGAAGCAGGGAGUGUCCAAAAACUGGGCGACCGCUCGGCUCCCGGUUCGAGAGUGGGUGACUUGGAUGAUCACCC